AUGUUUCGACAUUUCGUAGUGAUAGCAACACUCGUCGUACUCAACGUUUCGUUUCGAAGAAUUGUGUUGCAUAAGAUAAACUUCCGGCAAAAAUCGAUUGAUACAAAUUUUGAUCGACUGACUCGUGAAACUUAUAUUGCAAGAAAGCAACCUCUGUUUAGUGAUGGGGAUAUUGCAUACUAUGGUAACAUUACAAUUGGAACUCCACCGCAGAAGUUUAAUGUACUUAUAGAUACUGGUUCCCCAGAUCUCUGGAUACCAUCCAUAAUUUGUGAACUCACAAUGAGCAACCGUGUUUGCAUGAUCCAUAAUAAAUAUGAUAACAAAAAAUCCAGCACAUAUAGACCAGAUGGUAGACAUUACGGAAUUCAGUACGAAAAUGGUGCUGUUAGUGGAUUCUUAUCAAUUGAUGUAGUGAAUAUUGCAGGCGUUGAUGUUGAAAAUCAAACAUUUGGGGAAAUAACACGGCAGCACGGAAAGUCCUUCGAAUAUGCAAUGUACGACGGAAUUUUGGGACUGAGUUAUCCAACAUUAGCUUUUACAGGAGCGACUCCACUUUUUAUCAACUUAAUUAAUCAACGGCUAGUGAAGAAUCCAAUUUUUAGUUUCUAUAUUGAACGAAAUCCUAAUGUCAGUUGGGAUGGUGAACUGAUAUUGGGAGACUCCGAUGACAGGCUUUACUUAGGCGAAUUUACGUAUGUUGAUGUUACUCAAAAGGGAUUUUGGCAAUUUACUUUAGAUAAGAUUAAAAUGGAAGAUAAGAUUUUAUGCGCGAAUAGCUGUCAAGCUAUUGCCGACACGGGUACUUCUCUGAUAAUUGGACCAUCAACAGAUGUCACAAUUAUUAAUAGACGGAUAGGAGCUAAUCAUUAUAAUUUUACGAGAGGAAUAUUUGUGGACUGCAACAAGACUUCUAAUUUACCCAAUAUCGAUUUCAUCGUAGGUGGUUUUAAAAAACUCAGACUCUCUGGUGAAGAUUAUAUUAUUAGGGAAAUAUAUAAGAAUGAGAUGGUGUGUAUGAGCGCCUUCGUGAGUAACUAUCAGAGUGAGGAAAAUCCAAUGUGGACUUUGGGCGAUAUAUUUUUACGUCGAUAUUAUACCGAGUUCGACAUGAAGCAUGACCGGAUAGGAUUCGCCUGUGCGAAGUCUAGUGUAUAUUAA